AUGGGGAGCGCUGGUGGUGUUGGUGGUGGCGGUAUCUAUGUCCCAAUGCUCACUCUAGUUCUUGGUUUUGAUUCCAAGUCUGCAGCUGCUGUGUCUAAAUGUAUGAUAAUGGGUGCAGCGGGAUCAACAGUAUAUUACAACAUAAAGCAGAGGCAUCCAACAUUGGACAUGCCCCUCAUUGAUUAUGACCUUGCUCUGCUCUUUCAGCCCAUGCUUUUGUUAGGAAUCAGCAUUGGAGUUGCCUUCAAUAUCCUCUUUGCUGAUUGGAUGAUCACUUUUCUGUUUAUCAUUUUGUUUUUAGUUACAUCAACCAAAGCUAUAUUAAGAGGCAUAGCUACAUGGAAGAAAGAGACAUUGAUUAAGAAGGAAGCUAACAAGCUGCUGGAAAAUAAACUCGAACAGUCGAUACAGUUAUCCUUGCAGAUCUCAUUGACAGAUAGAGAUGCAGCAGCAGUUGAAACCACUCAGUUGCUCCAAAAUGGUUCUGCAGCUUCUGCAAGUGAUUCUAAAGGACUCUCUGAUGGUAAUGCAGUUUCACAACAGUAUGAGGUUUCAUUGUCAUCAAAUGUACAGUGGGCAGAAUUAUGUUUGCUUGCUGUUGUUUGGAUUGCUUUCUUUGUCCUUCAAAUAACAAAGACAUGUGUCAGGAAAUGCUCUAUGGAGUACUGGAUACUCAACUUCUUGCAGGUACCAAUCGCGUUGUCAGCUACUCUGUAUCAAGCAAUAGGUUUAUACAAAGGGAAGAAAACGAUUGCACCCAAGGGAAAAGAUGUCACAAAUUGGAGGGUGUCUCAGUUGUUCCUAUAUUGUUGUUGUGGGAUAGCAGCUGGUACGAUAGUUGGCACGCUUGGAUUAGGAGGAGGAUUCAUAUUAACACCCUUGUUUCUUGAAAUUGGAAUCCCUCCUCAGGUGGCUAGUGCAACUUCAACUUUUUCAAUGGCUUUUUCAUCAUCGAUGUCAGUUGUACAAUACUACCUUCUUAAGCGUUUCCCUGUUCCAUAUGCUGCUUAUCUAGCUUUGGUCGCCAUCGCUGCUGCGCUAACAGGACAGCAUGUGGUCAGCAAGCUAAUAACAUUAAUGGGGAGAGCAUCAAUCAUCAUCUUUAUUUUGGCUGCAACUAUUUUACUUAGUGCAUUCUGCUUAGGAGGAAUUGGAAUUACUCAUAUGAUUGAAAAGUUGGAGAAUCAUGAAUAUAUGGGUUUUGAGAGCUUUUGUCUCUUAACAAAUGGAGUAUAGUUUGAAAGUUAGAACUCCCUUUUGGUAUCUUACUAUCUCAAAUGCUUUAGUAAAUUUUUUUAUGGAUGAAAAUUUGCUACGCUUAUAAAUUUAGACCAAAUUUUUGUAGCUGUCUUAAUAUAUACUUGGUUGUUCCUAUCCCCCCUCCUCCCCGGCACAAGGUUUUUUAGGUAACCAUCAGAAAGUAAGUAACAUUUCGAUAAUUUUUUCUCAUUAGAGAGAGUUAGAGUUGGCACGAGUCUUGUAAGCAAGCCUCAUGCUCAUCAAGGGGGUCAUGCCUAGAGCCAGAUAAAGUCAUGUCCUAUCAAUAGUUAUUAUGUGCAUCAUGAUGCACCUAGAAA